AUGGCUUCCCACUCAUCUUUGAAUACCUCAGAAAAGCCAUCAGAGGCCUCGUUGCCCUUUGGUGUCUUCUCGCCUCCAAAGAACCACUAUGAAUGGAAGAGAGCCCUCCACGAUGUGAAAUGGCUAUGUUUCAACCAGCAAUACAAACAAUGUGCUUUGCGUUGCAAUCAGCUCAUAGACACUGCGUCUCAUCCGCUCCAUCCGAUCCGUGCGACAUAUCUCCACUAUUAUGCAGCCACCUCAUAUGAGUAUAUGGGAAGAGCAGCUCACAUCUUUUCGGCUGUCAAAGUCGCGCUUCUGACUGAUGCUAUGGAUCGGUUUCAGAAUGCUUAUGAGUCUUUGCCAGCCACUGUCCCGCUGCCAGCUCUGAAUCCCAACCAGACCUACUCCCCAGUUACUUUUCUCCAUUCGCCUGGCUCAUCUCCUCGGUCAUCCGUGACUACUGUCGCGUGGAGCCCACCUUUGCCGGACCGUGCUGUCGCUGGUCUUUGUCCAAAUUUUGAAGCUCUGUCAGUUGAAAAUCUGUCGGCUCAUAAUGCAAGCCUGGUCUGCACUCCUCCUAUGCCUGUCCCUUAUGCUUCUUCAUCUUCCAAUUCGUCUCUUACCACUGAUUUUUGUGUCACGCCACCUCCUGCUGCUCGAGAAGUCUCGCGUCUCGACUACAGGGCUCCUCCCCCAGCUUUCCAUAUCCCACCCCCGACUCGCAAGCCCCCUCCUCCACCACAGGAAGUUUCUGCUCGCACAGCUACGAGAAACGAAUUGGUCUCCUUUAAUAGCGCCAGAGAUGGGCUUCCCAACGGGGGAUCUGUUGUCCGAAGCAUUGCCCGGAUGAUUGAUAACUCUAUGCUGGCGGGUGAAAACGACCCUUUCGUGACCCAGGCGCCAGCAAAACCUCGCAUUCCAAGUCAGCCACCACUGCGUUUGUCUCCGUUCAAGGUCCGGGGAGAACUUGAGGAUCCAGUUAAGCGUAGCGAGCUUAUGCCACCGCCGCUUGCCAUCCGGAAGACCUCCGGCGAGGUAUUCAUGUGCAACAAUCCUGCAAUGGUAAACAGCGAAGGUCCAAAGCAAGAGACGUCCAAGUUUGAGGUGAAUCGACCCUUUCGAGCUCGCCCGCCCCGGCUGCCUUUGAAGAUAAUCCCAUCUGCAUGUCUGAAUGCUAACACAAAGAAGCCGGUCACUCCAACCCCAGCACCGCGGCCUAAGCAUCUAGGCCCCGUCCAACCUUCGCCUGUGGCCUCGACUCCCUCGACGCCUUCCCCCGUGAUGAGAAAGAGCAUCCCCAUCAAAUCGCCGUUCAUCAGCCGUGCAGGCUCGUCGGUGCCGAAAUCCACCAAAUCGCCCUCGACUCCUUCGACGCCUUCCCCCGUGAUGAGAAAGAGCAUCCCCAUCAAAUCGCCGUUCAUCAGCCGUGCAGGUUCGUCGGUGCCGAAAUCCACCAAAUCGCCCUCGCCGCGCUCGACAAAGCCCUCCCCCGUUAUGAGAAAGAGAAUCCCCAUCAAACCGACGUUCAUCGGCCGUGCAGGCUCGCCGGUGCCGAAAUCCACCAAAUCUCCCUCGCCGCGAUCCUCCCCCGCGCCUAUCAGCGCCGAGCGCCGGGCCCAGAUCAAUGAGUUCAACAGUGCCAUCAAGUGGCUCCGUGAGAAUAUUCCCGCGGAAAUGACCGAGCUUCGCCAGCAGAUUAAACAUGUUUCGGAACUACAGCAAGCUCAUCGUUCUAACACUGCAAUGACUCGCACUGCCUCCUUCUGGACUUUCUCUCCCGUCAAGACUAAGCCCGGUGAACCCAAGGAACCUCCUGCGAUUGAGGGCCCUAAUAUCGAUGAAUAUGGAAAUGUUAUUCGGAAUGAGACCAAGGAGCAGCGCAUUAAGCGGCUCAGGCAAGAGGAUUGGAAGAUUGGUAUUCAGUCGAAGCAUAGUUUCUGGAAGGGGGCUGAGUACUACGACAAACUUUGCGAAACUGCUUUGGCUGAGCUUGGCGAGACUGGUUAUGGUUCUCGUGAAUGGAUGAAGCGGGACUAA